AUGAUCCUUCCGUGGAUGAGCGCAAUAGUGUGGCCAUGCAUGCUAGCAGUGCCCUUGGCAAUGACAACUCCCGGAAGUCCAUUGCAUUACUCGGAAAUAUUCCAAAAACGUUGGUACGAAUACGAUCCCUCGACAGAUGACGUAAUGCCAAAGCCACUUGGGUUGAGUUUGGGACUACUAGCAGUAGCGGUGGGGCAAGUACUAAUACUCUGUGUCUUUGGGGGAUUCAAGUUUGGCUACUUUACCAUGGGACAGGAACCUUUGUCAAUUCAAACCAAAGGAGCGAGGCCCUAUGUAUUUUCGGAGGGUGUUAUGACUCAUUUGGCACAGCCAGAGGGCUUUGUGCUCCUCUUUCUAUACCUUGCGGGAACGUGGAUGGGAAAACUAAUGCCGGAUUCAUACUAUUCCUUUGAAGGUGGAAUAGAAUGGGUCAAAGUCUUUGGGUGUUUGGUGGCACAAGAUGGCAUCCAGUAUGCCAUGCACCGGUUGGAACAUGAUGCCUCGCCCGCGUUUUACAAGUAUUCCCACAAACCGCAUCACAAGUUUACCAAUCCGCGGCUGUUUGAUGCAUUCAAUGGUUCUAUUUUGGAUACCAUUUGCAUGAUUUUGAUUCCACUCUAUGCUACAGCCAACAUUGUGCAUUGCAAUGUCUGGACCUACAUGGCCUUUGGAAGCAUGUACGCCAACUGGCUUACAUUGAUUCAUUCCGAGUACACCUUUCCGUGGGAUAACCUAUUCCAUAUAUUUGGUUUCGGAACACCUGCUGAUCAUCAUGUUCAUCAUGCUUUUUUCAAGUACAACUAUGGACAUUUGUUCAUGUGGUUUGAUCAGCUUGGAAACACCUAUAAGCACCCAUCUCAUUUUGCUCCCAAAGCGUUCAAUCGGAACGUAUAG